UUGAGCUAUAUGUGCGCUAGCGGUCAAUUAAAGCUGUCAAGAUAACAAUAAAACAAAUCAUUAAUUUGUAGUAUUAAAAUGAAUGUCGUUACUGCUUUAAAGUUCUAUAUAACAAAAAUGACAGAGGACAGUGGUCCUGGUAUGAAAGUUCUAUUAAUGGAUAAACAGACGACAAGUAUAGUGAGCUUACUUUACAGUCAGUCUGAGAUACUGAUGAAAGAAGUGUAUUUAUUUGAAAAAAUAGAUACUGCUGUACAUAAUGACACAUUGAAACAUCUAACGUGUAUAGUAUUCGUAAGACCAACCAAAGAAAAUGUUGAGUUAUUAUGUAAAGAACUUCGAUAUCCAAAGUAUGGAGUGUAUUAUAUUUAUUUCAGUAAUAUUAUUGCAAAAGCAGAUAUAAAACUCUUAGCAGAAAGUGAUGAGCGAGAAGUAGUUAGAGAGGUACAUGAGUAUUAUGGAGAUUAUCUAGCAAUUAAUCCACACUUGUUUUCACUUGGAAUAAACUCCUGCUCUGAAGGACUUACAUGGGAUCCAAUGCAUUUACAUAGAACAGUUCAAGGAAUAACUUCUGUUUUGUUAUCACUAAAAAAGUGUCCCUAUAUAAGAUAUCAAAAUAGUUCUGAUAUGGCAAAGAGAUUAGCAGAAAGAAUAAGAGAAGUGCUCAGUAAAGAAUCUAAUUCCUUUGAAUUCAGACAAGAAUCUAAUCCUAUUCUUCUAAUAGUUGAUAGAAGAGAUGAUCCUGUAACACCUUUGCUAAAUCAGUGGACAUAUCAAGCAAUGGUACAUGAGCUGUUGACAAUCAAUAACAAUCGUGUCAAUUUAUCUCAUGUGAAAGGCAUUUCAAAAGAACUGAAAGAGGUUGUUCUUAGUGCAGAACAUGAUGAGUUUUAUGCAAACAACUUGUAUCUAAACUUUGGUGAAAUCGGACAAACAAUAAAGGAGUUGAUGGAUGAGUUUCAAAAAAAAGCAAAAAAGCAUCAAAAAGUUGAAAGUAUAGCUGACAUGAAACACUUUGUAGAGACAUAUCCGCUUUUCAAAAAACUCUCAGGUACUGUAUCAAAACAUGUCACAGUAGUCGGAGAACUUUCGUCGCUUGUUGAAAAACAUAAUUUGCUAGAAGUAUCAGAAUUGGAGCAAGAACUAAGUUGCCAAACUGAUCAUUCGUCACAGCUAAACAAGAUAAAAGUACUUAUUUCUAAUCAGAAAGUACGAGAUAUUGAUACAGCUCGACUUGUUAUGCUUUAUGCGCUUCACUAUGAAAAAUAUGCUAACAAUGACAUAAAUGGUUUAGUAGAAUUACUUAAGAAGAGAAAUGUUUCAGACAAAUAUAUUAAGCUUGUGUAUAAUAUAUUAGAAUACAGUGGUGUUAAUACAAGGCAAAAUAACUUAUUUGAUCGAGAAGGAGUCGUCAAAAUAACAAAAAAAUUAUUCAAAGGUUUAAAUGGAGUAGAUAAUAUAUACACGCAGCACACUCCCUUGCUAAACGAAACAUUGGAGGACCUGAUAAAAGGAAGAUUGAGUACACAAACAUUUCCAUAUCUUGGUAAUAUGACAAUGUCGCGAAGACCUCAAGACAUCAUAGUCUUUAUGGUUGGUGGUACGACUUACGAAGAAAGUCUAGCAGUCUAUAACUUGAACAAACAAAUUCCAGGCAUACAAAUUAUUCUCGGUGGUACAACUAUUCAUAAUUUUAAAAGUUUUGCGGAAGAAGUACAUCAUGCUACUAGUGGUAUCUUGAUGCGAUAUAGAAUCGGAAAGAAUUAACAAUGUUGAUUAUAUCUAAAUAUUCUAUUUAUUUCAUUAUAUUUUAUUAUAUUUGCAUGUAUCAUGUAAUCAUAUAUAUAAUACU